AUGAUUCAACCCAAUAUCCCAUUACCUAACACUUCUGCAAUUUUUGCUCCUUUAACACAAGAGGAGUUAAAACUCAGAAAGCAAUUAGAAGAAAUGGAUAUUGAAGAAAGACAAAACGCAAUUUUAUCAAGGCUGAUAAUUUUAAGACAAAUUGCAUCAACAAUUACAGAUCCUAAACCAGCAGGAGAACCUUUAAUACAUUAUUUAGCUGAACAACGAAAUUCUUUGACAGAAAGAGAAAUUGAAUUUCCCAACAAAGCAAAAUCAUAUGUUGCAAAUGUAGUACUUGGCUUAAAAGAAUUAUUUUUCAAUCAAUACUCAGCACUUAAAAUUUUAUUAGCAAUUCAUGCUUCUGGCGGUGAUAUUGUUGAGGCAAUACAGAAACUUAUCAAAGGAGAUAUCAAAGCAGAUCCAAACCUUCUUCUUACAACAAAAUUACAUAUUUCAAAUGAUGCACUUGACCAAUAUUUAAAUAUCAUUCAUAAAGGCAAAUAA